AUGGCCUCAGUUGCAGUAUCUACCCCUCUCAAGUCCCACGCCGGACUCUUCUCCUCCCGCACCGCUGGCGGUCGCAUGCCCCUGACUCCUUCUCCUCGCCAACGCCAAGCCACCGCCCCCGUCGCCGUGAACUUGGACUCGUCCCCCUUCACCCCCGAGAGAAAGUCGAAUGCGGCCGGCAAGUCGGUCUACGGAGGAAACCUGUCUUCACACUUUGCCAAGGCCUCGUCGAGGUCCCACCGCGACUCGCCCAAGUCCAACAUCGCCCGUGGUGUCUCCACUCCCCGCAAGGCUCUCGAGCUUGGCGUGUCAGACUUCACCCUCGUCGGUACGGGCAAUACCAAGACCCCCGCCAGCUCCAAGAAGGCGCCCUUGAGGUCAAAGUCGAACAAGACCACCAUCUCCUACGCUGCCGACCGCUUCAUUCCCAACCGCAGCAACAGCUCGGCCAUUGCCAACAAGGGCUCUGGCAAGCUCGACGUCCAGGACAAGCAGAGACCCAAGACCAGCAACGGCGAGAGCUCCACGGUCCUGUCCUCGGCGGCCGAUGAUGCCAUUGCCGCGCUCGAGGGCCUCAACAUCAAUGACGAUGACGCCGCCACGUACUCUCGGCCCUCGCCCAACAGCGUUGCCUACCAAGACUCGCUGGCCAGCGCCUGCGGGGUCAGCCUCAACACGCGUAUCCUGCAGUUCAAGCCCGCACCCCCCGAGUCGUCCAAGCCCAUCGACCUCAGACAGCAGUACAACCGCCCCCUGAAGUCGGCCACCAACUCGGCCCAGUUCCGCCGCCGUGUGGCCACUGCCCCUGAGCGAGUCCUGGACGCCCCUGGUCUCAUUGAUGACUACUACUUGAACCUGCUCGACUGGAGCUCCGGCAACCAGGUCGCCAUCGGCCUGGAGCGCAAUGUCUACGUCUGGUCUGCCGAUGAGGGCAGCGUCAGCUGUCUUCUGGAGACCAGCCCCGACACGUACGUCAGCAGUGUCAAGUGGUCUGGCGAUGGUGCCUACGUCAGCGUCGGCCUCGGCACUGGCGAGGUGCAGAUCUGGGAUGUCGCUGAAGGUCAGAAGAUCCGCAGCAUGUUCGGCCACGAUACCCGUGUCGGCGUCAUGGGCUGGAACAAGCACCUUCUCUCCACCGGCGCCCGCAGCGGCCUCGUGUUCAACCACGAUGUCCGCAUCGCCGAGCACAAGAUUGCCGAGCUCGUUUCCCACACCUCGGAGGUCUGCGGCCUUGAGUGGCGCGGCGAUGGUGCUCAGCUCGCUACUGGCGGCAACGACAACCUGGUGUCGAUCUGGGAUGCCCGUUCCCUGGCCGUCCCCAAGUUCACCAAGACCAACCACAAGGCGGCCGUCAAGGCUCUUGCCUGGUGCCCGUGGAACGCCAACCUUCUUGCCACCGGCGGAGGUUCGUACGACCGCCACAUCCACUUCUGGAACACCACCUCGGGUGCCCGCGUCAACAGCAUCGACACCGGAUCUCAGGUCACCAGCUUGCGCUGGAGCACGACCUACAAGGAGAUCGUCAGCUCGAGCGGUUUCCCGGACAACUCUCUCAGCAUCUGGAGCUAUCCCACCAUGGUCCGCAACGUUGAGAUCCCGGCCCACGAGAGCCGUGUUCUCCACAGCUGCCUGAGCCCGGACGGCCAGAUGCUUGCGACUGCCGCUGCCGACGAGAGCUUGAAGUUCUGGAAGGUGUUUGAGAAGAAGGCGGGCGCUUCGGCCGGUGUUGGUGCAAGUGGCUCCUCCAGCAAGGCCCAGAUGACCAAGCAGAUGACCAUCCGAUAA